AUGCCGGCCAUGGACCUCCAGAGACUGUACUCCGCGGGCGAUGAGCAGCUGGAGGCGGUGAAGACCGCUCGGCGGAGAGCGGUCGACGCAUUCGCUGCCAAGCUCGAGCGAUGGACGAGCCGCGCUGCGUCGUCGAAGGUCACCAAGGCCGCGAAGACCAAGCUGCUGCGGGAGAUUGCUUCGCAGCACACGGAGGAGAACCUCGGGUUCGCGCAGACGAGGGCGAGACAGCAGCACGCCAUGCCCGGUCCCAGCGGGCUCGGAGUCAUCGCCGAGGAGGAGGAGAGGAGCGGAGAGGACGAGGCUGGCAGCGGGGCCGGGAGCGCUGGGCGGUCCUCGCGCAAGUCCCGUCGCGAAGCAGGGGCGCGAGCAGCGACGGGCAGCGCUCACAAGCAGGGCGCCCGCGAACCCAGCGCGGGCGGCGCGCACGACCUCGACGAGGCGGCCGUGGCGAAGAUGACGUGCCCCCAGCUCAAGGAGGAGCUCAAGGCGCGGGGCGUGGAGCCGAGGGCCCGGGCCAAGAAGGCCGAGCUCGUCGAGGCGCUCGUGUCCGCCCUGCGCGCCGAGGCCGCCGCCGCGCCGGCAGGGGCGGAAGCGGAGCCCGCGAGCGACGACACACGACACAGCACUGAGAGCUGCCCUGGAGCGGACGGCGACGACGGGGACGCACCUGCAGGCGAUGAGGGGGCGCUCGCGGCCGGAGGCGACGAGGCGGCCGCGGCCGCGGCCGAGGGCGGUGCCGCGCCGGCGGGCGCGCGUAGCGCGGAGAAGGGGUCCACGGGCGGCAGCGCGGCGCAGGCGCAGCGGACGGCGGACAGGCCGAAGUUCGAGGGAGCCCCGCUGCGAGUGGCGGUGGCGGAGGAGGCGACGCCGAAGGCUGGUUUGGAGGGCGGCGGGGCGGGGGCGUCGGCGAUGGUGACGCGGUCCGCGUCGAGGAGCGAGGGGAAGAAGGCAGCGGGGGGGAGUCGGGGGGGGAGUGAGGUUGCGACGCCCGCGGCAGGCGGGGAGCGGUCGCAGGGGACGGAGGGCGGGACGGGCAGGAAGCGGAAGUCCCCGGACACCGCGGACGAGAAGGUCGGGUCGGCAAUUGCGCCGCCGAGGCAGAAGCCCGCCGCGGGGCCGGCUGCGCCCGCGGCGACGGUACCGAGGCCCGCGACCGCGGCAGCGGGACGGCAGCCGCUCGCGCCGGUGCGACAGGACCCGAACGCCCCCGCCAAGGCUCCGGGGACGACGAAACUCCCCGGGGGGACUCAGACGGCGAAGGAGCGUCCGGCGGCGCCGCCGCCGGCGACGAAGAAGCCGGCGGCGCUGCCAGCGACGAAGGUGAUCGGCGGGGCGGCGGAGGCCCCGGCGGCGGCCCCGAAACCAGGCGGCAUCAUGAGCACUAUCGCUGGCAUGGUUGGCCUGACCAAGGGCGCGGAGACGGCGGCAGCGCCCGCGGCGGCCGCGAAACCGAAGCCUCCGGUCUCGGCGCCGCAGGGCACGAAGGCUGCGUCGCAGCAGGCGCCGCCGGCGCACGCGGCGGGCGGGAACAAGCCGGGCGAGGAGGAGUUUGUGUGCUAUGCGUUGUCGCCGUACCGGGACGCGUCGGACGACGACGACUACGACACGCGGCCGAAGAAGGCGAUUCCGGAGUGGGCGCGCGGGUACAAUUUGAAGGACUCGCUGUGGGCGCAGCGCAAGGUGGAUCCCGACGACAUCUUUUGCGAGUUCAAGAAUGCGACGUGCCACCUGCGGGAGGUGUUCGACUACUCGAACUGGCAGCAGACGGCGAAGAACAGGCACCCGGACCGGCGCACGUCGUCGCAGAACUGGGCGCAGGACCGCUGCACGGCCGCGGAGAUCCUGGCCUACCGCAACGCGCUGGGGCUGCACUGA